AUGGUUAGAAAAACAAGAAGUGAUAAAAAAGAUACAAUCUGUAAACGUUGUGGUUAUAAAUGUUCAAUACCCCAAAAACUUUUGUCUAUUCAAGAGAUUAACCAAGAUAAUAAUCAAGAAAAAGUGCAAGUUCAAACUCCCGUAGUUCAUGCCCAAAAAAGAGAUCGUCAAAGAGAAAAGUUACAAGCGGUUAACCAAAUACCAGUAUAUAAGCCAGAACUGCAAAGGGAAGCCCCAACUACACAUGAUAGAGAUUAUAACGGAAAUGAAGUAACUGGUGAAGAACGUAUUUUGCCAACAACAUUAAAAGAUUGUCAGCUUCUAUAUCAUGAUCUAUUACAGGCUAAUAAUGAGGCUUUUGAAAAGGUUCAAAUUGAUUCUGAAGCCGGUCCUGGUUUAGCAAGCCAAGCUAAUAGAGAAAAAGCAAAUAAUGAAGAAUUUAGGCAUUUGAGAAAAAUUACUGAAGAAAAACAAAAAAGAAAUCUAGAAUUUAGGAAGCAAGAAGAAUUAGGCAUGGCACUUAAAAGAAGAGCUAUAGCCGUACAUCGUGCAAAAGUUCCUAAAUCCUAUUCAGAUAAUAGUAGUAAUAUACAAAAAAUGUUAGAGAGUAGAAGGAAGCAGUUUAGAGAAAUACUUGAAAAGGAAUUUGAUAAGCGUGGACAACUUAAAUUCACUCUAUGUUCUCUUACUAAAUUUCUUAUAGAUAAUAAACCUGAAAAUGAAAAACAGGAAAAAAAGAAUUCACGAAUUAACUGGCUUAGAAAUAAGCAAAUUAUAGUUUAUAAUAGAGAUGAAAUAGAUAAUUACUUAAGCAAUGCUUUUGAACAAAUUCUAUACCAAGUGGAGGAGAGAGGAG